AUGUACUACCUCCGUUCCAUAAUUCUUGUCGAAAUAUUACAUGUAUAUAGACGCAUUUUAGGAAUAGAUACAUUUUUGGCAAAUUUGAGACGAGAAUUAUGGAACGGAGGGAGUACAUUCUUACAAGAAAAAUAAAGAGUUGUAAUGUACAUUUCUCCGUGCGUAUGAUUUUCAAUACUGGUCUUUAUGAGCGUUUCCAUAAUCAGGAGUUUGCCCAAUUGUUCGCACUUAAAGAUUUCUUGUAAAGCAAGUAGACUUGCCCUGCUCCCUUUUCUUGAGAAGUAGUGCAAACGGCAACAAAAUGUGGGAUUUAAUUAUUCUUGCUUGGAUUGGUCCAAGGAGUUCGAUCCAAUCUUUCCUCCUGGGAAUGGUAACCUGAACUCGGACAUGUACCGAUUUCAUAGCUUCUUGCUUGCUCCCGUCUUGCCCUGCAGAUCAAGGCACUCAUGUUAUAAGUUAACCCAAGAUGAAGAACUGAAGAAACGAUCUCCUUCUGAUUUCCCUUGCCAAAGUUCUCUACCACCGGUGCUCCAUUUGCAAUGAGGAGGCGAUGAGAUAGAUCAUGGCGCUGGUGUCGAGGCUGCGGCUGGUGACCGUGGACGUGACGGGGACGCUGAUCGCCUACAGGGGGCAUCUGGGCGACUACUACUGCACGGCGGCCAAGUCCGCCGGGGCGCCCCGCAUCCCUGCCUACGCCCGCAUGCACCAAUGCUUCAAGGCCGCCUACGCCGAGCUGUCCAGGACUCACCCCUGCUUCGGCCACGCCUCCGGGAUGCCCGACUCCCACUGGUGGAGGCUCUGCGUCCGGGACUCCUUCCUCAGGGCUGGGUGUGAGUACGAAGAUGACGCGUUUGAGGAGAUAUUCGGCCGGAUUUACUCUGUUUUCGCCUCCUCUGCCCCCUACACCGUCUUCCCCGACUCCCAACCUUUCCUGAGAUGGCUGCGCGGCGAGAAGAAGAUCAUGGUCGGGAUCGUCAGCAACGCGGAUCAAGGGUACAGAGACCUCGUGCUGCCAAAGCUGGGGUUCAACCAGGGGUCGGAGUGGGAUUUCGGGGUGUUCUCGGGCGUCGUGGGCGUGGAGAAGCCGGACCGGAGGAUCUACGAGAUGGCGCUGGAGACGGCGGGGGGAGUGGCGCCGGAGCAGGCGCUGCAUAUAGGUGACAGCUUGGAGAAGGACUACGCGCCGGCGCGGGCUGUUGGGAUGCAUGGGCUGCUGCUGGAUAGGUUUGAGACCGCUGAGGCCGAGCGAUGGCGGCGGUCCGGCGCGGUGGUGCUGCCGGACCUCGUCUCUGCCCGGCAGUGGCUCACCGCCACCGGAGAUCCACCAGGAAUAGCUGAGUAGAAUGUAUACGACGGAGAAAUGAAAUCUGGGGAAGAAACAUUUGUAUAAUCCACUUAAAUUUGGUUUCUUCUGUGAAAUCAGACUACUCAGGUUUAAUUUUUAAGUUUGACAUGGA